GCACGCUAUUUUGCACAAAGGAGAUUUUGAGGUACAUGUUGAAGCAUAUGCAGCUAUUUAAUUUAUCAGAUACUGGCGUCCAUGUAUGGCUUUACUACUAUGAUUAAAAGAUUUAAAUUCCAAUUUUUCUGUUAUAAUUGUAAGAGGAUUUUUACUCUUAAAAUACAUUUAAAAUUGAAUUUCCAUCAAGAAAUAUAGCGAAAAUUGUAACGUUACGCGUAACAAGAUGUUGGUACGGCCGUUGGUUUUUUGGCGAUAAAUCUGCAAGUUCUAAAGAUAUCUGGACAAAAUAACAAGCAGACGACGUGAAUUUUUGCCGCUCAUCUUUGCGUGCGUUUAUAUGACGUCAUUUCCGUAUUUACUAGCGUCAGCAAAACAACAACGCCUUUUCCUUCAAGCGUUACGCUCGUCAUCCGGGUAAGUAGUUUUCAUUUAUAUUGUAAUAGUUUUCGAAAAAAAAUAUCAAAACUUAUAUCAUUAAAAAGUGCAUUCAUUAACGAGUAUGUACAUGUUUAAAGCAAGAGUCAUUAACCGGUAUAUAAACGACUACGGUAUAUUUUAAUAGAUUACAUACUGAAAAUGUAACGUGAAAAACUCUGUUUCAAAAUGGAAUAACCUCAUAUUAUGCGAGUUAUUAUUGAAAGUUGACAUUCAUAUUUAUAAAUGACUAAAAGUGCAAUGUAAGGACUUUCUAAAGAUAUCUGACUUUCCUUGUUAGUAUGAAACAUUCAGGAACCAUCAUUCUGUGAAAAAAUUACAUCGUGAACGAUAAAGCUUAAAAAUGUUAGAUUGCACAACGUUACGUCGUAUAAAUUCUCUUUACUGUACACAAUAACACAACGUUUAUUUUAGCUCUAUUUCUAUUAAAUAACUUUAAACUAUUUGGUUCAUUUUACAAGUCUGUCGCCCAAAUUAUAUAUCUAUUUAUCUUUCUUCUAUAAUUUCAGGAUCUUUGAAUAUUGACUAGCUCUAUUCCGAACAUUGUGACUGGCACUAAAGUAUGAAUGUCUCAUCUAUGAUGCUGGAUAAACCUCCCCCAUCUUUGAGCAGUGCGGAAAGGCGAGAGUGGUACCGCCAAAAGAAAAAACAAGUUAAUAGGGACAGAGUUCGAAAACACAGAAACAAGCUGCUUGAACAGAAACGUGAGCGCCAGCGUUUAAUGGUUAACGAGAGGAUGAAGCUUUAUAGACAAAGAAAGAGGGAGAAAGCAGCUUCACAUUCAAAUGGAAAUAUACCACAAAUAAACCAAACCCCAUUCCAAAACAGAAUGCAGAAAUGCAGAGCAUUGAAAGCUGUUAAAGGGGCAAUAACUCCGUUCUCACCACAAAGAAGGGCGGCAAUUUUGCAAUCGAUAAUUGAUUCAUCAAGCCCAGCGUCUAAAACAACCAAAAGAUGUCUUGAAUUUAAAGAGAUAUAUCGUUAUCAAUAUCGUCUGCCAUGGAGAGAACUUCGCCCACCGAAAAAGGUCAGCGCUAAACAAGCUGCGAGUUUCAUGGCAGGAGAUAGAAUUGAAACACAAAAAUUAAAAUCUGCAUUAUCACAACAUACUGGACUAAAUAGGCGUGUCAUAAAUAAGUGUUUAAAUAGAAACAAAACAAUCAUCAACGAAUCUGACAUGAAUUCAAAAUGGAUAACAAGAAAACGACGAAAUGAUAAGCUUCCUGAAGAAUUAAAAGAGAAAAUCAGACUUUUCUGGAUUGAAAACAGCCAACCAGUAAAUGAUAAGAAAAAAGUUAUCAGACAGCGAAUAUCGAAAAACACAUAUGCGGAGAAUGUUAAACAUGUUCUAACCACGACACAAUACAAUGUCUAUAAAAAAUUUAUGAAAGAUAACCCAACUGUCAAAAUAGGUCAAAGGAGUUUCGAAUCGUGUAAGCCAUAUUUCAUCAAACCUGCGACUAAAAAGGAUCGCGUGACAUGCUUAUGUUGCCAACAUGUAGAAAUGAAUAGUUUGUUUAAAAGUGCUAGAUUAUUGCGGAAAAAGAUCAAUGAAGAAUACAAUUUGACAGAUGAGUACGAACUAUGGAACACAUUAGAUGACAUAGUACAAGAGACACUAUGUCCAACUAUCGGUGUGGGUGAUAAUGAAGAACAGUUACACAAAAUUGAAUGCCUAAACAGAACCUGUAGAGAAUGUGGAGUUCACACACUGAAAUUAUCAGCUUUAGAAUUAAGCGAUAGCGACACUUUCAUGUGGAAAAAAUAUGAGAAUAUUGACACUGGAAAAAAAGACAGACGUGGAAAAGAAAUUAAGAAAUUAAGAAUGGUCUCUACUAACACUACACGUUCAGAAUUUUGGUCUCACUUUAAAGAUAUAUUGCACACAUUUCCUUUACACCAAUUCCAGGCAAUCUGGCAAAAAGAGCAGUUAAAACAAAUUACAUCUAACCUCCCAAACAAUGAAAUAGUAAUGAUACACGACUAUGCGGAAGAUUUUACCUGCGAGCUGCAAGAUGAGAUCCAGUCGGAAUAUUUUGGGAGAAAUGAAAUCGCCUUACACGUUACGAUUUUAUAUAGACAUAAAACCUGUCAUGACUGUUUAAGUGACAAUGACAUAAUUAAGGAAUAUAUUUUCUGUAUUUUUGAAGAAAAUACGCAUGAUAGAGACUCAGUACAUCACGUUCGUAAAACAAUAAUGAAUUACUUAAGAAAUGAUCUAAAUUAUAACAUAGGGUUCAUUCACGAGUUUAGUGACGGCUGUAGCGCACAAUAUAAAUCAAGAUUUUGCAUGAAUGACAUCAGUAAGAGUUAUGAAGAUUUUGGUUGUCAUUGUCAGAGAAACUAUUUCGAGACAAGCCACGGAAAGGGGGAGCAAGAUGCAGCUGGAUCUCAUGUAAAAACAAAAGCCCAUAUGUCGAUUAUUAGACGUGAGUGCGCAAUCCAUACUGCCAGGGAUUUGCAUCAGUUUUUAAGUUCAUCUUUUAAAUUUCCUGAAUCGUCCUCUUACAAAUCUAGGCAAGAGAAAGUCACACUAAAACAGAGACUUUUCUUUUACAUUUCGGAAAAUGAUAUUGAACGAAAUCGUCGUAUCGGUAAAGUUCGAGCGGUAAAGGACAAUCGAAAAAUUCAUAGCAUUAGAUCGGUGCAAGACAAAUCAAACGAACUAAUGAUCCGACAACAGUCCUGCUAUUGUGACAUGUGCAUAGCACAACUGUAUGACCAGUGCAUUUAUAUGGAUGUAAUUGGUAAAUGGACCAAUAUUAAAGUGUAACAGACAAAUGAUUAGUAUCUUUUGUGAAGUUUCAAGUUCUUCCAAACAAACAUAAAAUGUAAUUAUAUAGUCAAAAGAGCAUUUGCCUUGAAAAAGCGAGUUCUCGCGGAUGAGUUGACAUUUCGAUGAUGUAAAAAAAUCCUCAAAAUUAGAUGCCGAAUUAUGUUUUACGUGCUUAAAAUGUGCGGCCAUUAAUAAAGACAAUAAACAAAUUGAUAAUGCCGUUACUUGUUACUUUAUUAUGAUGGUAUACACAAUUUCUGUAUCACACAUCUCCAAAUACAUGUGUCCAUACAAGUUACGUCCGGUAGAGUAAACAACAAGCUCCGUGAUUACGAAUCUUUUUUCGUGCUCAACUCAAUUCGAGCACGGAACCUUUUUUACAUUUUUGUAGUGUCGCUCAUUAUGUGCAUAAAACAGCUAUUAUUUAAAAAAAAUACUUACGUUUAUUUGAUGUUUUGAUGUUGUUUUAAUCCAAAGUCUCAGCACGAAACUGAGUUAAGAACGAAAACUGUUUUAUUAUCACGGUGCCUGUUAUAUUCAAAACUGUAACAAAUUAUUUUCUAAAAUUUACUGCAUUUACGAUUUAAUAAAUUUUUUUUUUCAAAUAUUCUCGUGCCUAAGUAUUGGCCCGACAGCCCUGCCGCUAGGUUAUAUCCAGAUCAGUGCUGAUGCUAGGUUUGUUAACGUCCGUAAGUUGAUAUACUAGUAAAUGAAUGCGAAGCGACGGAAAUGAUCAACACUACAGAGCGUGAUAAAAUUGAUUAAAUUUAACAUGCAUGUAUUUUUAAUGAGAAGACACCGGGCGGUAAUAAUGAUGAAUAAUAACAACGAUAAUGAUAAUAAUAAUAAUGAUAAUGAAAAUAACAAUGAUAAUUAUAACAAUAAUAAUAAUAAUUACACGUUCAGAACAAUUAUGGUUAAAAUAUCAUUAAAAUAUCAUUAAUGAAUGUGUGGAGUGAUCUCAACGCAAAAUAUGCUAUUUACUUUCUCAAUUUAUAAUUGGACGUCAAAAUGACGUCAAAAUGACGUUACGCUU